GCAUUUUGUAUGCUAGUUAAAACAACUGCAGCACAGAGAAAGCAACUCGCUUUACUCCUUGGCUUCGAGAAAACGAAAUGAAGAUUUGUGUGUAAACGAAUAGAAUAUAGAGAAUAAAAUGGUCGGCAAGGGCGCGAUGAGCGCGGAAGUGUCAACAAAGGAACGCCCCGUUUUCAUACCGCCACGUAAACGACAACAAAACAAAGCCGAGGCCAAAAAGCAAAACUAUGUCGAUCACAUUGUCAAUGUGCAGCAAAACCGACCAAAGCUCUCCCCCUCGAAUCCGGGCCUCGAAGAGGAGCUGCUCAAAUCGAAAUUGAUAAUCAAAAAUAAACAGCCACUGCCGCAGCUGCCGGGGGAGCCUGGCUGCGCCCAGGACACCAUCGCCAGCACCAACUCGGCCAGUUCCACACAGCAUAGCAAUAAGUCGACACGUUCGGCCAACAAUCUGAAUGAGUUGCAGAACUUCGAGUCCGUUUCACAGGGCACCAAGUCAACAUCACAGCGCCAUGAGAGCAGCACGGUUACGCCCAGCAGCUGCUGCUACUCGGAGAGCAGCCUGGAUGCCAAGCUGAGCAAGUCGCAGGACUGCCUCAGUCUGAGCAAUCGCUCGUCGUCGAAGAAGCGCGUUAACAUACGCACCUCCGACUUGCCACAUGCGCGCAGCGGCGGUCGUGCCUCGCCAGAUAUAGCCAACUAUGAGGAUCUGGAGUCGGGCGAAACAAGUGUGCUGAAUACCUAUGAUCAGAGCCUGGAGCGUUAUCAGGCACGCAAGACGCUCGAGGGCAGCAACUACUUGACCAUGACAGGCACCAUUAAAAGAGGUCGCAAGAAGGGUCAGUCCAUCGAUCUGCAGAUAAACAUCAGUCGCGAGGAACUGGAACAGCUGAAUGCCCACGCCAUGGCCAGUGAGUCGCACAAGGGGCACAAUCUCUGCUGCACCUGCAGCUGCGGCGUUGGACUUCACAUAUUUCUCAUCUCGCUGAUCUGCUUGCCAUUUGUUGCGCUCGUCUCGGCCAUCUACUCGUUCUACAUUGGCACUCUGACCUGGUAUAAUAUCUUUAACUACUAUUGCGAGGAGAAGUCGUAUGUACACAAGAUAUUCGUCACGCCCAUACUCUUUCUGGCCUAUCCACUUGCCAUAGUCCUUUGCACCUUUGGCCUGGGCUUGUACUCGGGCUUCCGACAGCUGAGCCUGCAAUAUAGCAGCUGGGUGAAUGAUAUAACCGAUAUUGAAAAGGGCUUUUACGGUUGGCUUUGUGGCUUCCUACACAUGCCCGACUGCAGCCCCUACGAGGUGGUUAUCCUAACCGAUAUAUGCGUUGCGCCACAGGAUCCGCAGCGCCUGCACAUAAACAAGCCCAGGCAGGAGUUGUCCAUGUAAGAAAAACAAACCAGAAAACAACAAAAACAAAAAAAAAUCCAAAUUUAAUUAGCAAAAGCAGCGCGAACCGUCGCAGCCAAUUAAAGUAGUGCUGGGAUGCAGCCAUAAAUCAAAUUGAAUUCCAUCUAGUCUGGGUUUAGCCCCUCCCCCCCUUUAACUUAUCUGGCAUUAUUUAUGAUUUUCAUAUGUGUACAACAAUAUAAAAUAUAAUCCCGAGCACUACAGGCGCAUCAUAUCGAAAUAAUUUUGUGACGGUUUCGAUUUUCGACCAUAUGUGUGAUAAACCCAAUUAGAUUCAUAAACCCAAUUAGAAUCAUAAAUAUCUGCUAUGAGUACAGCCAAACAAAAGUUUCCUUUUCGGCCAAAUUUGUUCCUUUCAUAGCCUACAUAUUGAGUCUAGAUAUUGGGUUACUUUUCAUCUAUAUACUCAAAUAGCCGUUGAAUGUUCAAAAUUAGCUGGUUAUUUGAAAUUCUUCUUUUUUUUAGUUGGUUUCCUUUUCCAAUUCUUAGCACAAGGCCAAAUUUUAAAAGAACACAAUAUACAAAUAUACUCCAGAGACACGGAUUGCAUUUAAUGAUUAUGCAUUUAAAUAUUUAUAAACCAAAGUAAAGGCAAACUUUUUCUAAAUUCUAAGCAAACAACUUUUUUUAGCUUUAAGUAUCAAAAAACAGCCAAUACUAGAGGCUAUAUAUAUAUAUAUAUGUAUACAAAAUAUGCGAUAUAUGCAAAUGUUUUUAAAUAGAAAUUCUACAAUUUAAGAGAUAUACUUAACAACCGGAAAGCCAGCGCUAAAGAUGAUAUACCCUGCCACACACAUAUUUAUUAAAUAUCUCCCAUGAGUCGUGAACGAUCUUGGAUCUUUAAGUAAAGUUAAGUUUUUUUAUAUAUAAAUAUUUUAAGUGCAAUGAUUUGUGUAUUUAUUGAGUCUGGUUAAGAUAUAUGCAUUUAUGUAUAAACCAAACAAGUUUUUCCUAAGAACAACAAUUUAGUUCUCGACUGAUCGUUCCUAUGACACAGAUAUAUGCUAUAGGGAAUCGAUCUAGCCGAUUUUGCAACAAACACUGCUUGCCGAAAAAAAAAAAUAUAAAACAGAUUUAGACCAAAACCGAAAGAUUGGUAUGCAUUAAAACGGUGUCUUGAUCGUGAAUAUAUAUACGUACAUACUGAAAUACUAAAUGACAACAUUAUAAUACCCUAAGCGGGAAAUCGGAAGAGCGCAUGCAUGCAUUUAAAUAUUACAACUACGAAAUUAGUUCGAGAAAUAAAGCAAACAAAACUAUAAUGCAUAAAGGUUUAUAAUCAAUUCUAUUUUAUGGAGUUGUGGGUCAAAGCAAAAACAAAUGUUAACGUUGCGGUCGGGCAAUGCCGACAGCGCAAUACUCUGUUAACAACAGGGCAAACAUGGUCGGUGCUUGGU